CAAAGCAAACCACAUCGUUCCAUCAUUUUGUAAUAAAAAAAAAUUAAAAAAUCAUAUUAAUCUGUACGUUUUAAUCACAGAAUUUAUUUAAUAGUUUUAUGCGCGUGUCUACUACGUUACUCUAUAUAGGAUAUUUUAUAGAUGUAAUAUAUAUAUAGUGAAUCAUUGUCACUGUGUAUAUAGUACAUAUAUCCCAAUACAUUUGCGACUGUAAAUUGACACCUAUCGUCGUACUUAGGGUAUGGCAAGUUCAUGUUUUAGGUUAUAUUUAUUGUACUCGCUUGUUAAAUCGAACAACGUGGACGAGUAUGGCUUUGAACGACCCCAAAAUUUUGAUUAUGAAACGUAUGAAGAAUUUAUGUCCGAAUAUCUUAAAGUUCUUGCAAAACGUGCCAAAAAAUGGGCAGAAAUUAUCGGCGAAGGAAAAUCUUUACAACGAAGUAUUAUGAUAAAAAGAUAUGUUCGUAAAGGUAUUCCAGGAGAAUAUAGAGGUCUGGUAUGGCUUUCCAUUAGUGGAGGGGAAGAGAUGAAAAAUGCAGCGCCUGAUCUUUAUGAAAAAUUGUUACAACCACCACAUAAUGCAGAACUUGUUUCUGUUAUAAAAACUGAUCUCCCACGAACUUUUCCUGACAAUAUUUUUUUUAAUAAUAUUGAAAAUCAACAACAUCAAUUAUACAAUAUUUUGUUAGCAUUUGCUCAUCAAAAUAAAACUGUCGGAUAUUGUCAAGGUCUUAAUUACAUAGCAGGAUUACUUUUAUUAGUAACUAAAAGUGAAGAAACAGCAUUUUGGUUAUUAAAAGUAUUAAUAGACAAAAUUUUACCAGAUUACUACACUCCAACAAUGGAUGGACUGCUUACCGACAUAGAUGUAUUGGCAGAAUUAGUUAGAAUAAAGAUGCCGGACAUCUAUCAACAUGUAACAAAUUUAGGAUUACCAUGGCCAGUGAUUACAACGAAGUGGUUCGUGUGUUUAUUUGCAGAAGUUUUGCCAAUUGAGACAACAUUGCGUAUAUGGGAUUGUCUGUUUUACGAAGGUACGAAAAUAAUAUUUCGUGUCGCACUGACACUUAUAAAACGGAAUAAAGAUAAUUUAUUAGCUUGUCAAGAUUUUACUUUGCUAGCUGAGUGUUUUAAAGAAAUUACAAAAGAUAGUAUUGUUUUACAGUGUCAUGAUUUCAUGCAGAGUAUUUUUAAAGUACCUGGAUCACUGCCUGGUAGCACAAUAGUAAAAUUACGAACAAAAGUUACACAACGACGUAUGGAACAAAAAGAGAAUAAGUUAAGGCGAUAGUAUCUAUAAAAGGAUACCAUUAUCCACCGAAAUAAUCUAGUCCUUAAUUCUUGUUUCAAAAUUGAUAUAAUAAAAGUAAACUUGUAUAAUUAGAUAAGCACGUAGCAAUGUUGUAAAUAUACAUUCAAAAUUAGAGUGUUACAAAAUUGCAUUGUAAUAUAUAUAUAUAUAUAUUAAUUGCCUUAUUUUUGACCGAAGGUAUGAAUGACUUUAUUGUAAAUUUAUUAUGA